CACAAAAUUUCUAAGAGAAUUUGAUCAAUUCCUCUAGAAAUUCUCUAAUAUGGGAAUUCUUAAGAUAAUGCUACUUUUGCUCUUGGGGUGUGCCUCUCUCUCCUUUGCUGCCAUGGACGAUUAUCAAAAGAAUGUCCAAACGCAAUGCAGCUUUACUAGAUAUCCCGAACUCUGCCUCGAUACCCUAAAGGGGCUUGGGUCAGGUAAUCAGCAAAUUGAUUUCAUGUCUGCUUUAGUGAGCAAGACCAUCUCCGAGACCAAACUACCCUCUUCGUACUUCACCAAUUUGAUCAGCUCCAAUCUUGAAGUUCAAGAAACCAAACAUGCCAAUUCAAUCAUUGAAUAUUGUCAAGAUCUUAUGAGCAUGUCCAUACGAAGGCUAGAACAAUCUUUAUUAGCCCUCAAAAUAUCUAGCAAGACGAAGAAGCAGGACAUCCAGACAUGGAUCAGCGCCGCCUUGACAUUUCAACAAACAUGUAAAGACUCAGCCGACAUUAUUGGUCCGUCCAUGGAGCAGAUAUCCAAGAAAAUGGAUUACCUGUCUCGAUUGGGCAGUAAUCCUCUGACGCUCGUCAACAGGAUGACCGGCAAUGUGCAGAAUGAGACUAACCAGAAACGGGAUUUUCCCAGCUGGUUAACGAGGAGACAUCGGAGACUACUUCAGGCGAGUAAGAUAGAGGCAAAUGCGGUGGUGGCGAAGGAUGGAACGGGAGAUUACCGAACGAUUUCGGAGGCUAUUAACGCGGCGUCCGGCGGACGGUUUGUGAUUUAUGUGAAGGCGGGUGUUUAUAAUGAGAAAAUUCGUACUAGCAAAGAUGAUAUUACGUUGAUCGGUGAUGGAAAAUACUCCACUAUCAUCACCGGAGAUGGUAGCGCCGCCGGUGGUUAUGAAACGCACGAAACCGCAACAUUCUCUAUCGAGGGUGAUAGAUUCAUUGCUCGGGACAUCGGAUUCCAAAACAAAGCUGGUCCUAAUGGACAACAGGCAGUGGCUCUCUAUGUUAACUCAGACAAGGCCGUUUUCUUCAGGUGCAGCAUGGACGGAUACCAAGACACUGUUUAUGCCUUUGCUCUGCGCCAGUUCUACCGGGAUUGUGACAUCUAUGGCACAAUUGACUUCAUAUUUGGAAACGCAGCGGCCGUUUUCCAAGCCUGCCAGUUGGUUCUCCGCCAUCCCCGCAAAGGUGCAAGCUUCAAUACGAUUCUGGCAAACGCACGCUCCGACCCGGGGCAGAAAACUGGAUUCUCUGUUCAGAAUUGUCAAAUAACGGUCAGUUCAGAUUUUUCUCCGGUCAAGCACGACUACGAUUCCUAUCUGGGUCGGCCCUGGAAGGCGUAUUCUAGAUCGGUCGUGAUGCAAUCGACGUUGGAUGAUGCGAUUUCUUCAAGGGGUUGGGUUGAGUGGCCUGGCCAAGAGAGCUCUCGAACGAAAACUCUCUAUUUUGCAGAAUUCGCCAACAAGGGACCCGGAGCCGAAACUUCAGGCAGAGUAACUUGGCCGGGAUUUCAUGUUAUUGGAGCCGAUGAGGCAGCCGAAUUCACCGUCAGUAAUUUCAUUGCUGGAACUUCAUGGCUGCCGUCGACCGGAGCAACUUUUACCCCCGGCCUCUAGUGAUUAAGUCAAUUAAAAGCAUGUUUUUAUGGUAAGAAAUGGUAGUCAGGGGAUUGUCUUAGUUAUGCUGGAAGAAGAAAUGUCAAGCAUGAGCUAAAAAAAAUGGAGAAGCUCUCCUUUGUGCUCAUGAAUAAGAUAUAUUGUUUAGGGUUUGGUUUAUAAAAAAGUGAAGUGUAGUCUGCGCUAGCGCGGACUGCACUUCAGUUAAUAGUCCCAUCUUUAAUCUUUUUCGUGCUUAAUUCUACUUUGCAAAAACAUGUAAAUAAUGUGAUCCUUAAUAUAUUUAUGAAAGUGUG